GAUCCCAAAUUCGGUGCAGUGAUCGGAGACGUCACACGGGCAUUCGCAGUGUGGCAAGCAAGUAGAAGGAAGCGUCCCGUUUCGCCGUGUAACCAAUAAACCAAAUUCAGCUCGAUAGGUUGUUGCUGCCAGGCCACGUAACGAUCUGCAGGGUCAACUGGUUCGGGAGAAAGGCAGCCUUAAUGCACUUGCUCAAUGCCGCUUCGUCGAGGUGUAUCUUUUGCUCUUGGUUUGGGCGGGCCGAUCGCCCAGGGAAAGGGACGAGUUUGCACACACGAGUGUUUGGCCCAGGCUCGGUGUGCUGAAGGCAAUUGUCGGGUUAGAUUAUGCGAUCUUGGACGGCCAGCGUCAGCGAAGUAUGCAAAGAGGGUCCCGAAGAACGAAGUCGAGUUCUGUUGUCGACUCCCUCUUUUGUCGUCGAGAACAAGGCAACAGUAUAUCUCAGCCUGACGUCCGGCGAGAUAUUCCAACGGUGAAUAUUGCUGGGUCAC